AUGGUACUAUCAACCCGAGAUGAUGAAUGUUGGUGUGAAAAAGUCAGUGGCCUCAUAGAUCCUCAAAGGCUGGAAUGGAAAGACUCACUUCUCUAUGAAUUAUUCGACCAACAGGAAAUUGAGAACAUUAAAGCUAUACCUUUAAGUACGGGAGGAAGGGAAGACAGGUUGGUGUGGGAACUUACCAACAAUGGCUUAUACACAGUUAAAAGUGGAUAUCACCUCAGUAAAAAGCUAGACAGAGAAUCAGAAGGGGAGACAUCAGACAGAAACAAGAAUAAGUUGAUUUGGAAGUCCAUCUGGAAAUUAGAUACAACCCCCAAGACUAAGAUGCUCAUAUGGUGGGCCUGCAAUGAGGCUCUUCCCACCCAGGCCAAUCUGAAAAAAAGGAAAAUUGUGGAAGACAACUCAUCCAAAGAUGUGUGGAAUCAAGGGGGAGAAAAGGUGCAAAAGAUGUCUCACCAUAGUGACUUUUUCUUUGAUAUCUGGUCCAUUACGGUAGCUUCCAUAGACCCACCAGACCUUACUGAGAUAGCCAUUACUACAAGAAGAAUAUGGACUAGGAGGAAUGAGUUCAUCCAUGGAAAAGGUCUCAAACAUCCCACGUGUGUUUAUCAACAGGCAAAAACAGAAAUGACAGAUUAUAUGGAGGCCCUCAAAGAACCAACAACUUCCAAUGGCAAGGCCCCAGCAAAGACCCCCACUUGGUCAAGACCUGAUGCUGAAGGUUUCAAAGUCAACUGGGACUCAGCUAUUAACUUAAGGGAAGGAAAAAUAGGCAUAGGAGUUCUUAUCAGAGAUCAUCAAGGUCGGGUCAUUGGAGCCCUUCAUGCAAACAGGCCCCUAAAAGGAUCUUCUUUUGAUGCUGAAGCAUAUGGUGUACUCUUAGCAGCAAUUUUUUGUAGAGAUCUUGGCUUGAAAAGUAUCUACUUAGAAGGGGAUGCAAAACAAGUGGUGGACCUGUUGAAGAAUCAUAAACUGAACUGGAGUCUAGGUGGAUGCCUCAUUGGAGAUGCAAGAUAG